UCUGCGCGCGUAAUAAAUUAUUCGUUGAUAAUAUUGUCGAGAUAUAUCCGAGAUAUUUUCGUCGCGAGAUCGCGGAAUAACCGAGCCGCGACUCCCUCCACUCGUCAAUCCGUUAAUCAACAUUUCGCGGUACUGUUAACCGCACGCCCCUGUGCCUUCCGGCGGUUAUAAACGAACGAGGAAAGAACGCGACGCUCAUUAUCGCGCUUGACAUGUGCGAGCGUUAUUACAGCUAAUUCCAGUAAUUGCCCAGUCCCGCGAGUCGCGAGUUAAUCAUGCGGUCCUCUCUCAUCUUGCUGUGCGCCGUGAUGCUCGUUUGGUGGUCGAGCGGCAACAUCGCAGCUCAUCGAUACGACAACGAGUACAACGAAUUGCGGGCUCACGACGGUGAAUCGACAGACUGUUCGGGGAAAUCUAUGAGGUUGAGUCAUCAGAUGAGAGGAGUAAAGUGUGAGCCGAGGGAAACUAUGGUUAAAUUGGUGCCGCAGCUGGGCUCCACCUUUUUCCCGAAUUACGCACGCGUGAAAAGGUGCAGCGGCUUCUGCACGAAAAGUAAGGCGUGCAUGCCAGUCAUGCCGGUAAACCUGACGAAAGUCGCCGUGAGAAUAUACGGCUUCAAGACCAAGGGAUGUUACAACGUGCUAGUCGAGGAGCACAUCAGGUGCAAGUGCCUGUGCAGCGUACAACCCUUCGACUGUAACGCUCACCAGCGCUACUCGAAGGACAAUUGCUCGUGCGAAUGCAUGAACAGACAGAGCUGCGACGCGUCGCGCCACAUGGUCUGGGACGAGAAAACGUGCAAGUGCACUUGCACCAAGCCCGAGGAGCUGUGCUCGAGCGGACUCGAAUGGGUUCAUUCUCGUUGCAGAUGCGCCAAGGUUAUGGACAUGAUGUACGAAGAUAAUUGAGGAGAUCAUGAGAUGACGAGAUAAAACUCGAGUCGG